GGGUCUCAGCGCCGCAGAGGAGGCCGGGGACACCCUCUGCGCUUCUCUUCUGCUUCCGGACUCAAUUAACUCCAGGCGAGGGCGUCUGCAGCUCAGCAGAACUUCGGCGCAAACAGAGGCGCUCAACUGUCCACUGCUGCUUGACGCUGAUCGACCCGCCGCUCUCUAUUCUUUUGCGCAAGAGGACUAGGAUGGCGCCUCAUCCUUUGGGUGCGCCCACCAUCCAAGCGUCCCGAGAGACCCAGCAGCCUUUCUCUGGAGCCUUGGACAAUGAAGUGCUCAGCUCCAAAUCCACCCCACCAAGCCCCACUCUCAUGUCGAGGGACUGCUCAGAAACAGAAGCAGGUGACUGCCGAGGGACCUCGAGGAAGCUCCGCACGCGGCGUGGAGGGCGCAACCGGCCCAAAAGCGAGUUGGCACUGAGCAAGCAACGACGUAGCCGGCGAAAGAAGGCCAAUGACCGGGAGCGUAAUCGCAUGCACAACCUCAACUCGGCACUGGAUGCGUUGCGCGGUGUCUUGCCCACCUUCCCGGAUGACGCCAAACUUACAAAGAUCGAGACGUUGCGCUUCGCCCACAAUUACAUCUGGGCACUGACUCAGACGCUGCGCAUAGCGGACCACAGCUUCUAUGGGCCGGAGCCCCCUGUGCCCUGUGGAGAGCUGGGCAGCCCGGGAGGUGGCUCCAAUGGGGACUGGGGCUCUCUCUACUCCCCAGUUUCCCAAACUGGCAGCCUGAGCCCUACCGCCUCGCUGGAGGAGUUCCCUGGCCUGCAGGUGCCCAGCUCUCCCUCCUGUCUGCUCCCAGGCGCACUGGUGUUCUCAGACUUCUUAUGAAGAGACCUGUCUGGCUCUGGGUGGUGGGGGCUAGCAGAAAGGGAGGGAGCCAGAGCCGCCGAGGUGGGAGGUAUUGGAGGCCUCAAGCGUCCUUGCUCCUUCUGGCUCUCACUAGCCGGGUCCCUGUCUCCACUCGCUGGUUCAACCAGGCUCUCCUAACAGCACCCUAGCUGCUGCCCAUGCACAGCGGGCAUUGCAGGCUGCUGUCUUCUUAAACCUCCUCUGUGUAGCAACCUCAAACUCUCGUUCAAAGCUGAUGAGAGUGGUAGCGCUACACUGUUGGAGACUCCCAUACUUCCUGGUGACCCUGCCCUCAUUCAAAUCUGUCAGCCUCUGACCAUCGCUCUCUCCUGGGUGGCCCAAUCCAGUGUGGUGGCUCACUGCACUGGUUGUCUCAUCUGGCUCCUGCUCACUCACCUUGCUGUAUAGACAAUGCUCACCUUCUCUGCUGCCCAUUAAAUACAGGGUUUCCGGGCCCUCCAUUCUGCCUUAACCCACGAAGGUGAUUUUCUGCCUUCUCCUUCUGCACUUUUCAAGUCAUCAUCGGGUUUGUGAACUGGGAAAAGCCCUGGACUAUGGCUGGGAGCAUCUUCCCGGUCUGGCUCCUGUGUCUGAAACUGUAAACUUCAGGGACAGGUUCCUGGAGCACUGCUCAUCUCCCUAAAAAGGAAAAAAGAAAAAUCAGUUUGUAAAUGGUAUAAUGCCUUUUGAAAUGAAUUUUGCUUUGGUAAAUUAUAUGCCUCUUCCCCCCAUUUUACACGUUUGUAUUUAUUGAUGCUAUUUCAUGGUGGGUAAGUUUAUAUUUUGUACAUAAGAGUAUCAGGGACUGGUGAUUGAGAUUUUUGGGCUAAUUAAUAAAAGAUGGAUCAUCAA